AUGGAUGAUGCAGAACUGUACCAAAACGCGGGAAGGAAGGCUUCGAGCCUUCUUGAUACAUUUGGGGUACCCGCCGCAGCUUUCAAGACUGGUCUUACAUUUGACCAAGGUGGUAAACGCGACCCAAAACAACCUCAAGAUGUUUCCGAGCGUCAUCUACUACUAUACAAUGCUAUAAUAGACUUCAUUCCUGGUUUCGACAGCGAGCUCGACAACAUCACCAGCAAAGAAUUGAAUGUGGUCAUAGCGAUGGUAGCGAAGGGUAUGAGCGAGGGCAGAUCUGCAGAUCUAAACUCUGUGAAGCACAAGGGGCUCCAAUAUAUUCCCCUCAACAUGUAUAGCAAGGAGCAUGCACUCGAUCCUCCGAUUCCAGAAGUUGAGGAUAAGUCGAUCGCUAUGGCCGCCAUGCAAGCUGGAGAGAUAACCAUGACAGCACACAACUGGCCGAUGUUCUUCUAUGAAGACAGCAUUUACGAUGCUGCCGACAAGACAAAAGGUCUCUUUCGAAACCAUACUGCCAUACGAUUUUACAAGCAUCUGUUCAUCGGACCAUCAUCCGUCGCCAACGACUCAUCAAAUGUUUGCAACUCUGCCAAACCAUCUAAAAACCGUGCGUGGGGUUUGACGGCAGUCAACAGAUACAUCAUUGCAUACGUGCAUGUCAUUCACUGGAUGCGGUAUAUUGGUGAUAUGGACCUGGAGGAGCUCCUCUGGGCUAUCAUCGAAAUGCUAGAUGACGACAGCGAUCCGUGGGUCGAAGAUACCCUCAUGUGGUGGAACAGUCACCUCAAACCGACCAAGGACAACUUGCACUCUACCAAGCUCACACGCAAGAAAGAACACGACGAUGACAGGGAUAUGCUACAUGCACCCAAACGACUUCGGAGAUCAGGCGAUGACCUUCCCUCACCACGCCACGCCAAGUCCAAUGCUCAGCGUCAUGCCUCAGUUUAUGACAACGACGAAGAGGUUGCAGGACUGCAACAACCAACCCACCCUCGACUGCAUGGGCGACAGCACCCACUACCUCUCAAGUCCCAACUAUGGCACCAUGUUGUUAUUUCAGAUGACGAUGAAAAUGACGAUGGCGACGAGGUGGAAGUGGUAGCACAACCCAAACAGCCUCGAUCCGACCCCCACAUGCCAUUGCCCCCUAGAUUCAAUAAAUCUCAAUACUCCACAUCUGAUCAUGGUACAACAAUUCAGAUGCUGCUAUUCGACCCUAAAGGGUUUCUGGACCAGGCUCAAGGCUCAGAGAAGAGGAAAUAUCAUGAAAACUUGCUGAAUACUCAGACUCAUAGUAGAACUGGUGAAAAGCCUCCACGUCCUAAGCCCAAGCCCAAGCUGAAACCUCGACGCCCUGCUGCUCGCGACAAGCACGAGGAUUCACUAAUCAUUGAAUGUGAUUUGGGUAUGCAGCUAGUAGUGCUGCCGCGGUCCAGUCCAGAACCACGGUUCGAACCGGACUUUUGGUCCGGUUCUCUGUGGUUUGGUCCAUGGUUCCCUCACCAGCCAGAACCGGACCAGAAAGUGGUUCUGGGUUCUGGACCUUCACUAGUGGUCCGGUUCUGGUUCGACUUUCCCGAACCUUCCCGAACCGUUCCUUGACCUUCGAAUUCCCUCGACUUCGACACCAACCACGACGAUGUCGGUGUCCAUGUCGACAUCAAAACACUGUCUUCGAGAUUUGCAUUAUUUGUUAAUCAGGCUACUGUUAGCCUUUUUGAAGAUAUCUACUUGUUCUAGUCUAUAUGCUUCCUGGAUAGUCAUGAUCCUCCACCGGUUCUCAACUCUAACAGAUCUCCUUGGAUAUUGUCGCUCUGUCUAGUUCUUGACCCUAACUAUAAG